UGGUAGAAGUUCGAAAAUGAUUCUCAAAAUCACAGUAGUACUUUGCGUAUUACUUAUAACAAUCGAAAAGUCAUUUGGAAACAAUAGUCUUCUAUUUUGCAAACAAGCCGAAUCCGUACUACAGAUCGGUGACGACGUGUUUUUGUCCAACAAAAAUAUCAGUCUGAUUCAAGGCCCAAGCGGUAAAAAGGGACCGAAAGGAUCUCGUGGCAAUAUUGGCCCCAAAGGAAGCCAAGGACCUCAAGGUCCCAUAGGUCAAGCUGGGCCCAUAGGACCCGCGGGCCCACUGGGACCAACUGGACCUGCCGGACCAGUCGGCGUAGUUGAUUACAGUCGCAUAGAGAGAUAUGUUGACAACAAGCAAAGGACAUUUACAAGUUGCAAAGAAAUCAAGCAAAGCGAUAGUAAUGCAGGAAACGGUCUCUACGACAUCAAAGAUGACAAGGGAUCGGUUUAUCGGACAUAUUGCGAUAUGACAACGGGAGGUGGUGGAUGGACUCUAGUAGCUUCUGUUCACGAGAAUUUUUUGGCCGGUAAAUGUACCGCUGGAGACCGUUGGUCAAGUGAACACGGUAAUAACGCCGCCCAUCCUCACGGCGAUGGUGCAUGGGAGAAUGUGGUCACAUUUGGCGCUCCAGAGUCGGCAUCUAGUGAUGAUUAUAAAAACCCUGGCUAUUUUAACAUGAUUGCGACGAAUGUUAUGAUCUGGCAUGUUCCUAACAAUACCCCACUGGAAAGCUAUAAAAAUAAUGCUUUCAUGAUGUAUCACACCACAUCGGGAUUUCUUCGUAAUUAUGGUGGAAAUUUACAAAAACUCUUCAAAGAUCACUAUCCUCUGCGUGAUAGAGUAUAUCAUAAGACAUCUGGCAAUGGGCCUAGCCCAGCUAUAGUUUGGGAUAAAGGAAGUAAUAGUGUGAUGGUAGCCAAUACUGCACCGAAUGCAAGAGCUGAGACCGAUGCUGGAUACAUUCAGUUCCGAGCGAUUAAUCAUGAACGUGGAGCGUUUGCAAUAUGUCCUGGUGUCAAAAUAAAGGCAGGGGCUGGUCACGUUGAACAUGAGUGCAUUGGCGGAACAAGUAACCACGCAGAAAGUCACAGGCACUGCGGGGAUUUUGCUUCCAUGGAUUGGGAUGGCUAUGGCGCCGCAAGAGCCUGGUCAACCACUCGUCAAAUGGUUGAAUCUGUUGUGAUGAUAUUUUAUCGAUAAAUAUUUGAAUAUCAUGUAUUGUAUAUA